UAUACGUGUUUUUCCCUGUUCACACUCUGGAUUGUUCAAAGGACUAAGGAGACAGAUCUCUCUUGAAGUUGACCAGAGUUGAAACUUUGAUUCAUCAUUCAGAGGAUAACAACAUUAUUUUUAAAAACUUUUUCUCAACAAACCAAAUUCAAGUAAUGGUAGGACAACAACUGGGAAUCAGAAUUUUACGUGUGGAUCUGACUUCCCAAGAACAGCAAAGUCAUUAAACCCGGAGAGAAAGCUUUGGCAGGCGAGACAAGCGUAGGAAUUUGAUUUAACUAACAUUUUCUGAAAUCAGCAGGCAAUUUCUAUGCUGGACAGAGGACAUAAGUACAUGUCACAUCAUUUUUCUUGGAAAAAAAGUUCUUAAAAAUAGGAUUAUUUGACUGGCCACCCUUCUGAAGAGGACAGGCGAAAGUGUCCGAAACCCAGGCAUCAGUGUCUGUGUAAAGGGUACACUGAAGCUUCUAGAACCGAAGCAAGAUGGAUUUCAUCUUCAUCAUAUUAACAUUGAGGAUAAUGUUAUUAAGCUGUCCUAGAAACAUUUCCUGUUUACAAUUUCGGAGGGAAACUAUUGGGGGAUGCAGACAAUCACUAGAAAGUUUAAAAGAGAGCAUAAGUUGUCCAGUAAAUAAAUUUGAAUGGGAAGCAAGAGCACAAGCGAUGCAGUGUGAAAUGUAUUCACAGAACUGCACCGACAAGUCUUUUUUUGUGUACCAUUGCCUGAUAAAUCCAUGGUCUAAUGGCACAAUAGAAGUUUGCGCUCCGAUGGUUAAAAUAUUGGGCAAUAGAUGUGCUGAAUUCAACAUUGGAGGGAAACUUGUACAAUCGAACUAUGAAAAAACAUGUCAAUUAUGCCCAUUCAGAUACAAUUCUUCAGAGAGUUACAAAUAUCAAGAGUGUUAUAAAUUGGCUAAGAAACCAGAACUAACCACGAUACAAUCAACAUCCUCGAAAGAACUUACACACAUUACUGUUGGAGGAAAACCAAACAAUGUUUCAUACAGUAGGAAUCACACACAAAAACCUGGUUCUGGAUUUAAAGAACAGAAUACUGUGAUUAUAGUAGUAACUCUGGCUUGUGUGACAUUUUUCUUAAUAUGUGCAAUAGCAUUUUAUUCAAUACGAAAGAUUCGACGGUGUAAAAGGAAAGAAACAAGAGAAAAUACAAAUCCCAGAGAAGUUGAAACAGAGGAGAGCCCUUUGAAUGAAACAGACGAAGAAAAACCAUCCAGUUCAAAAGUAACCAUUGAGGGAGGAGCGAUAAAGAAUCCUCUGCACAUGAGAACACACUUCUUGAAAGAUAUUUGCAAAAUGGAAAACUGUGAGGGAGGAAUGGAUGUUUUAAAAGAAAAAAUUGUCCAAUCUCCACAUUUUCAUAUGUAUAAUAAAUACAUGUCCAAAACGAGUUUUCAAGGAAGGAGCGUAACAGGAAACUGGCGUGAAGACAUAGGUAUAAAAGCAGCAGCUGUCAUAUUUAAACUGAAAAUAUACGUUCAUCAAAGUAAUGAAAACAAAACCACAGUCUUUUUUCCGAAAGACUCUGAUACAGCUAAAUGGAUGAGUAUUUCCAUCGAUAAAGAAGGCCAUUACAAUCAUUUAUCAGACUGGACCACUUUAAAUGAAGAUGAAGCAAUGCUGAUGUUUGAUGAUAUAUAUGAAAUACCAGAACUUCUUAGGAAAAAAAGUCUGAUUGAUUGUUUAUUGAAAGACUGCAUUGGGGUCAACAAUUUGAUGUGAAUAUACAUGUAUUAGGAUUUAGGACGGGAUCCUAACAUACUGUGCAAGUGCAUAAAGCCAGCGGAAAGAUAUAUAUUGCCAUAUAUUCUUGAUGUAUAUGUACUUUUAUUUUUAAAUUAUUUGCUUAUGCAACAUUUUUUUUUAUUUUAAUUGAUGCAUGUCCGUCAUUUUGUUAUUGCAUACGUACAUGUAACCUCAAUUAGAUUAUAAAAGUAUUAGUAAGAGUAAAUUUGUAAACAAUCCGAGAUAUAAGAUUCAAUUAGUUCAUAAAUGUUAACUAUCCUUUUCUUUCUUGUAGAUAUUUAAUUAAAAGAGGGUGUUUCAAGCAAAAGCAAUACUAUCAUUAGACAAUUUGAAUUAUCA